AUGGAGAACGGCUCGGCCAGCCCGGGAGCCCCACUGGGCGGCAGCGGCAAUGAGACGCUGGGCAGGAUGCCCCGGCAGCCCCUGGAGCUGCAGGUGGUCACCAUCCUGCUGGUGCUGGUCAUCUGCGGGGUGGGCAUUGCAGGCAACGUGAUGGUGGUGCUGGUGGUGCUGCGCACCAAGGACAUGGUGACCCCCACCAACUGCUACCUGGUGAGCCUGGCGGUGGCCGACCUCAUUGUGCUGCUGGCAGCCGGGCUGCCCAACAUCUCGGAAGUGGUGGCCUCUUGGGUGUAUGGCUACGUCGGCUGCCUCUGCAUCACCUAUUUGCAGUACUUGGGCAUCAACAUCUCUGCCUGGUCCAUCACUGCCUUCACGGUGGAGCGUUACAUUGCGAUCUGCCACGCCAUCAAAGCGCAGCUCCUGUGCACUGUGUCCCGUGCCAAGCGCAUCAUCUCCUCUCUGUGGCUCUUCACCUCCCUCUAUUGCCUCAUGUGGUUCUUCCUGGUGGACACGACCCAGGUCACCUUCUCAGAUGGGGCACAAGUCAGCUGUGGCUAUCGGGUCUCCAGGAGCCUUUAUAUGCCCAUUUACUUCUUGGAUUUUGCUGUCUUCUACAUCAUCCCAUUGGGGCUGGCAACUGUCCUCUAUGGCCUCAUUGCCCGCAUCCUCUUCAUGAGUGCCCUGCCCACCACCCUGCAGCACUCCUGCCCGGACUCCAUGCACCAGGGCAGCUCCCUCAAGCUCUCCUGCUGGGGCAACAGGGGGGCCCUGAGCUCCCGCAAGCAGGUGACCAAGAUGCUGGCUGUCGUAGUGGUCCUCUUUGCCCUUCUGUGGAUGCCUUAUCGCACACUGGUUGUGGUGAACUCCUUCAUGGAUCCUCCAUACCUGAACAUCUGGUUCCUUCUCUUCUGCCGCAUGUGCAUCUACCUGAACAGUGCCAUCAACCCCAUCAUCUACAACCUCAUGUCACAGAAGUUCAGGGCUGCCUUUAGGAAGUUAUGCAAGUGUGAAGCAAAGAGUGCUGAGAAUGCCAUGCCAUACACAGCCCCGGUGUACUACAGCAUUAUGAAGGACCAUUCCCAUGAUAGCUCUGAUCACAACACCAAACAAGAAGAUCUGAACAUUCUCCCUGCACCUGCAAAGAAGAACAAGCCUGCCAAAUAAAUCCUGGGACCCUUAAACAAUGCGGGCAGUGGGAGCUAUGCAGCUGUAUGCACUGUGUUGGGAAAGUGCCAACAGAAAUUGCUUUGGCAUUGCAGCAGGCUUAAUUUAAUACCUCUCUGGGGCAUUUAACAAAGCAGAUUCUUAGAGACAAAUUAAUUUGCUUUUCCUUACCACUAAUUUAUUCUUGCUUGGUGAAGCACAGGUUAAUGUUUAGCAUCUUUAAAUAUUUGUAGUUAAAUAUAGCAGUGCAACAGCAUUCUGUGUUAAGUGCAAGUGCAGUUGUUUGUUGAGUUGGGCCAGAGCAUUGAAAGGAAAUCCAGGAAGAGAAUGGCAUCCAAGGAAAAAACCCACCUCUUUCUGCUGGACUAGUUUUCUUACAGGGUGAGAUUUCACCCAAAUUUACAUGCCUGUAACUCACAUACCCCUUAUGAGCUGCUCCUCUAGAGUCCUUUUAGAGUUAAUAGGGACAAUUAGGCACUUCUAGGUAGCGGCUCCUCUCACCUCAACAUGGUCUUUUAAGCAACAGUGUACCCACUGAGGAGAUGAAUGCCUCCCAGAGGUGACUAUUUCUGUCCAUUGACUGUAAAGGGACUUUCUCAGGUGGAGACUCCUACACUACGGGUAACUGAAGUUGGGUGUCACGAAGCUCACCCCAUGCCUCUGGAAAUAUUGCAGUGCUGGUAGCACAUAAACCCAAGGUCCAGACCAGUCGGAUUUGUUACAGAAAAAUUAACAAACUAAUAAUGAGUGUUUCCUCAGGUAACAGUGAUAAUUCCAAGAUUGUGGUCUAAGCUUCUUUUGGAUAAUUUUACCUUUUUCUGGCCCAAUUCCUCUAGUUGCUUCAGCUGGACACCAUAGCCUUGUCCUGUAAGCCCCAGUGUGAUGUAGCUGUGUACUGUGGAGCAGCAUUCUUCUCCAUCCUAGCUACACAGUUGCAUUUCAGUGGCAGAAACAAGUCUCUUGCUUCCUGAGAAUAAUUUGUGAAAGUGCAUCAAGUGUUUUGUGAUAAGUAACACACUGAUUAUAAGACAUUAAUGAUUCUAAUUGCUGCUAUCAUCUUGUGAGAAAAGUGGAUAUUCAUAACCUGCAGCAUUCAAGAAACCAACUCAAGGACACUUGCCCCAGAUUUUCAAAAGACUGGACUAGGAGUAAAAUGAAAAAGAUUACACAUGAGCCAAAUGCUAAGGCUCUUCUCUUGCCAAAUAAAACAAGUGUCAGCCACCAGUAACCCUCAAGUGACUGUAAAACAUUCCUUGAAGAGCCAGUUCAGCCUCACUUGUUGCCCUGGUUUCAGCCAAUGUUAAAGAUGUUAAAUAAUCAUUCUGCAUCUAUGCGAAAUCACUUCUCUGGGCAAAUCAGAACAAGACCUCACCUCAUACUGAUGUGUGGGGAACUGCCCAGGACCUAUUUCAUUUUAGUGUAGGGUGGCUUUGCAUAUAUGGAGAUUAUAUUGUGAGUUAUUAAACUAUAAUCUACUUUGCCUCCAAAAUAACUGUAGGAUGAGGGAAGAUAAUAUCGGUUUUUUGCAAUUAUUUGAAAUGGUGUCUGUUUGAAAUGUAAGGAUUCAUACUAUUUUUGUGCUCUUUUGUGUAUUGUAUAUUGAGAAUUCAGGAACAAAACUUCUCU